UGCCUACUAAUUAAUUAAUCAAUAGAUUCAAUGUCGAGGAUCAGGGAGAACAGGAUGAGGAAGGAGUUGAGUGAAAUUGCAAGGGACAAUUCAUCUGAAUAUUUCAGUGCAGGUAUUGCCACCGGAAACACGUACGAUUGGGAGGCCACGGUUCAUGGGCCACCGCUCACCCCAUAUGCUGGCGGUGUGUUUCGGUUGGGUGUCAGUUUUCCGCAAGAAUAUCCAUUUAAGCCACCGAAGCUAACCUUCUUAACCAAGAUUUACCACCCAAACAUCAACGACAAGGGUAGCAUCUGUGUAGACAUAUUGAAAAACAACUGGACUGCAGCCAACACAAUGACUGCUGUAUUCAACAGCAUAUUGCUUCUACUGGCAUCCCCGAACCCAGAUGAUCCUUUGGUGCCUGGUAUUGGUAAGCAGUACAUCAAUGAUAGACUCGAGUUCGAGCAGGUAGCUAGCAUGUGGACUGUCAAAUAUGCAGCUUAAGGAUCAGCGCCAAGAAUUACAAGUUAUGGACAAGCACAUCCUAUUCGUAUUAAUAUACUAUAUAUACGAAAAUAAGAAUUGUAAUUUAAUUUAUAAUUAUUUUGAUUGCCUGGGCCAGCAGGAUAAGUGAUUGCGUAGGUGUCGUUGUUAUUUUUAUUAUUCCUUCGAGCAUUAUAAUUUUUUUAAUUAAGAAUAAAAGGAUGGUAUUAAUUUAUGGUUAAUGAAAUAAUUUAAAAAAUAUACAAACUAAAAGAAAAAAGA